AUGGCAUUUAAUAAUAGUAAACUGUUUAAUCUCAUAUUCAAAGGAGCAACCAGCAUGAAUACGACUGCGGAUAUUGACGGAAUGAAAGAAGUUCAUCAUCUUCAAAUACUGAUUCAUGCUUCCUUCUCGGUUGUGGCUUCCCUGAAUCUAUUUAUUAUGCGAUGUUGUACACAUAUACGUUAUUAUAACUACAGGACUAUGCUUCGUUAUCCUAUACACACAUUUAAGUGGACCAUCUUUCUAUUACUUCUGAUGGUAUCAAUGUUUGGACUGGCUGAAGGAUUUCUCACGGAUAUUUCAAGAUAUGGAAGCACUAAACCACUUGUGUACGUACCACAAAUAAUGACGUUAAUCAGUGUAUUGAUCAGCAUGGUGUAUUACCACCACAUGGAAUACUGGAAUCGACCUCACCUUGUGUGGUUGCUGUUAUUGUACUGGAUCAUGGCUAUCAUUGGUCAAGUUAUGGAAAUGCUCAGAUUGACACAUUAUAUUGGUGCUGAUGUUACUAUUGUACGACUGGAUGUCGGUUUCAUCACGGCCCUAUUGUAUGCAAUUUGUCUGGCCUCAGAAAUAAAUACUAUUCGAUGCAAGAUUUUCAGCGACUAUCAAGAACAAGCAAUUCCACCAGAUUUUUUAAAGACGAAUCUGUACUAUACGACGUCCUAUACAAACAUUAUAUCCUGCAUAAUUAACUGGUGGGUAAAUUGGUUAGUGUUGCUGUCUCACAAAAGAACACUUGAUCUAUCGGACUUGGGUUGUUUGCCAGAGAGGUUCGAAAGUAAACACAUAGUAAAAACAUUUGACACCGCGUACAAAUAUGAACAGAAAAGCCCAUAUGUUACAGUUGAUGAAUUUUGUAAUAACGGAUUCGUCCUUCUCUUGAUAAUCUGCUUAAGUACUAUUCUAAAAGCGACUGCGGCAACGGCUUUAUAUAGUAUAUCUGCUGAUGUGGGAGUAUGCAUACGAAAUGCACUCCAGGUGCGAGUAUAUAACAAGGCAUUACGGUUACCGUCGAUGGCCACUGAAGACUCAUCUCUUGGACAAACUAUUAAUCACAUGUCGGUUGAUGGUAUUGCAAUCCAAUGGUUCUUUUUGUAUGUUACUCUUAUGAUAUUUAACCCUGUCAAGGUAAUCUUCGUAUGUAUUCUGCUCUUCUGGAAAGUGGGAAUGGCUGGUCUCAUUGGUGUGUGUGUGGUUCUCCUAACAUUGCCUGUCUUGUUCCGUCUCGGUGAAAUGCAGAGAAAAUCGCAACUGAUGAGUCUGCUUCAUUCUGACCGUCGUUUGAAGAAAAAUAAUGAAUGGUUACAAGGAAUUAAGUUAUUGAAACUCAAUGGAUGGGAGCAAUUAUUUGCUACCGGUAUUAAAAAUGAAAGGAAUAAAGAAAUGAAGCAUAAGCUUAAAAUAUUUGUAGUGUAUUCGCUGCUCAACGAUGCACCUUUAACACCAGAUACAGUAUUCUCAACACUUGCCUUAACAACUCUGCUUUAUCAGCCACUUCUUACGCUGCCUACUUUGGCUAAAUACCUUGUGGAAGCAUUGUCCAGUACAACAAGAAUUGAGCAUUUCUUAUCUUUGAAAGAAUUUAACCAACAUCCAAUGGUAUGCAAUAGUGAAGAUGGCUUUGUGAAUGAAAAGUUUGAGAUGAAUGAUGGUAAACGUACCAAUAGUACAUCGUUAUACACCACUGAUGUCUCAGCUAUGCAGUCAAUUGACAGUUAUGUUUUGGGUCAUCUCGUACAAGAUCACAUUUCACUUGAAAUCAAAAAUGGGUUCUUUUCCUGGGAGAAUAAUCAGGCUGCAGAUUUAGUUAAUAUUAAUAUUAAAUUUCGUACAGGUACACUCACGAUGAUAAUUGGGUCAAUUGGUUCUGGGAAAUCAUCUAUUAUUUCAGCAUUACUCGGGGAAAUGUAUACAAUUUCUGGAACUGUCUUAUCAGCGAAAUAUUCUCGCAUGGCCUACGCUGCCCAGAAACCAUGGUUACAAAAUGCUUCAAUAAAAGAUAAUAUUGUGUUCGGGGAAAGGUUCAAUUCUAAUAGGUAUAAUGCUGUUGUUGGCGCAUGCGCACUAAAUGACGAUCUCCACAAUCUGCCUGGAGGGGACAUGACAGAAAUCGGCGAAAACGGAAUAAACUUGAGUGGAGGGCAGAAACAACGAAUCAGUGUGGCAAGAGCGCUGUACAGUAUGUCAGAUAUAGUUUUACUGGACGAUCCGUUAUCGGCACUCGACGCACACGUUGGUGAACACGUGAUGGAAAAGGCGAUAUUUGAUUUUCUACGCAAAGAGGACCGUACAGUCAUCUUGGUAACUCAUCAAAUUCAACAUUUGGAAUAUGCAGAUGAGAUUGUAUUUAUGGAAAAUGGUAAGAUAUCACACAAAGGCAAUUUGGCUGAAAUACGGGAGACAAAUAAGGAGCUAUAUCGCCAGUGGGAAAUGAUGGUAUCCACUAUUUCCGACUCUGAAGGUGAUAAUGACAAUAACUGUGGAUUGGAAACCACACAAAAAUGUGUAUCCAAAGAAUCGUUGCAGAAACUGACAAAGAAAGAAGGCACUACUCUGAUAUCUGAAGAAAAACGCAACAUAGGUACCAUAUCCCGGGACGUCAUUUUCUCAUAUGCACGUGCUAUAAAGUUACCGCUAGUUGGUGUGCUUUUGAUAUUAUUUCUGUUACAAAUUGCUGCUAAUGUUGCUAGUAAUUUGUGGUUAUCUACAUGGUCACACUCUGAACAGGAAUCUGCUAAUACAACUGUGAAAAUAUGGAUGUCUCUCAACGGGUUGCUGGCUCUUUUUGUCCAACUUGCUACUGUGAUAUUAGUAAAUGCAAUUAUUUCGCCUUAUUUUAUCCUGCUCAUGAUACCCAUCGCAUUGGUGACAGCUGUGAGCAUCGACUAUGGUGUUGGACUUCCAAGGGAUCUUAAGAGAAUGGAUAGUAUCACGUUAUCACCAGUUCUUGCACAGUUCACUGAAACGUUUGUAGGAUUACCAACUAUAAGGGCAUAUAGAGCGGAGAAAAGAUUUCAAAAAUGUAUGCUCAAUAAAUUAGACAAGAACACGUUAUGUCAACUUUACUACGCAAGGUCAUUACAAUGGAUUGGGUGGAGAUUUAGUAUAAUUGGUAUGUUUCUAGUAUUAGUAAUUGGAAUGGGAGCAUUGCUAAUUUCUGUUUAUGGAAAUUUUAAACCGAGUGAAAUGGGAUUAUCCAUCACCAUCGGCUUAAUAGGAUCGCAGUUUUUAGGUGCACUGAUGCCGUAUAUGGUAGAUAUCACAAGCUAUGUUAAUGGGGUUGAACGUGUUGUUCAAUACACACAUCUUGCUACUGAGAAUUAUCAAGGGUUUAUUACUCCACCGGGUAAUUGGCCAUAUAAUGGGACCAUUUCUAUAACAAAUAUGUCAGCUCGGUACAGCGACUGUUCACUCGCUGUGUUGAAAAACGUGAACGUUCGAAUUCCAGCACAUGCUAAGGUUGGUAUAUGUGGUCGUACGGGCUGUGGAAAAUCCUCGCUCACCCUAGCAUUACUAAGAAUGAUUGACGUUUUCAAAGGUCGAAUUACUAUUGAUGGUAUUGAUAUAGCGGAAGUGCCUUUGCUGACACUUCGUAGCAGAUUAUCCAUUAUUCCACAGGAUCCUGUUUUGUUUUGUGGAACUAUUCGAUUUAAUUUAGACCCCGAUAAUAAAUAUAGUAGUGUGGAUUUAUGGAACGCUCUUGAGAUUGCCCAGUUGAAGGAGUGCGUCCGUACAAUGGAUGGACAAUUAGAUGCUAUGGUUACUGAAGGUGGAGAUAAUUUUAGCACUGGACAAAUUCAGUUAUUUUGUUUGGCAAGAGCAUUUUUACGUGAAAGUAAAAUUCUCAUCAUGGACGAAGCCACAUCUUCUGUUGACUACAAAACGGAUGUUAUUUUGCAAAACGUAAUCAGUGAAGCUUUUGCGGAUAAAACAGUCCUGACUAUUGCUCACCGUGUAACCACUAUUUUAAACUCAGACAUUGUAUUGGUACUGAGUGAUGGUAAACUGUUAGAAUAUGAUACCCCAUCCAAUUUACUGGCAAAGAAUGACAGUAUGUUUGCAUCAUUAGUGAACAAAACUACAAACAUAUAA